CAUCCUCUCUCUCUCUCUCUCUCUCUCUCUCUGUUUCAACCAUAUCUGUGAGAGCAAAAAUGAAGGUAUCAUAUAUUACAGUUUGUGCCGUACUGGUGCUACUCCUUGCUGAAGCACACAUCACAGUGGCAGUAACAUGCAGCCCCACGGAACUGAGCUCUUGCGUUGGUGCAAUCACAUCAUCAACUCCACCGUCUAAACUAUGCUGUAGCAAGAUCAAGGAACAGAAGCCUUGCCUUUGCCAGUACCUCAAGAACCCCAACCUCAAGAAGUUUGUCAACUCCCCCAAUGCCAGGAAGGUUGCUAGCACUUGUGGGACUCCCAUCCCUAAGUGCUAGAUAACUAGAUUUUAAGGCACUCUUUUUUUCUUCUCUCUGUCUCUCUUUCUAGAUAUAUAUAUAUAUAUAUAUAUAUAUAUAUAUAUAUAUAUAAAUAUCCUCUGCAUGCAUCUUUCUAUAUAGUUUCAUGGAUAGGUAGAGAGACUAGGGAGAGAAAAAGGUAUCAUUUAUCUGGUGUGGUCUACCACAUACUGGUUGUUGCAGGAGGCUAGUAGCUAUAGUGGAAAUAAUGUUGGGAUCAUGGCUACAUGUCCCUGGCUGAUUUUACUUUUGCUCUGUCUCUCUUGUUCUUCUUUUCUCAUGGCCUUUGGUUACUAGUUGUAAUGAAGGUUUGAAUAUGGAAUUAUCAAAUAAAUCUUUCACUCUCUGUC